UUCACAGAGCCAAAAGCGGCGCUGGCAGGAGCUUCAUCUGCGCCAACAUGGCUGAUGAAAUGGCUAAAGCGCAGGCUGCCCAGCCGGGCGGGGAUACGAUAUUUGGAAAAAUCGUACGCAAAGAGAUUCCUGCCAACAUAAUCUAUGAAGAUGACCAGUGUGUAGCCUUCCCUGAUAUUUCUCCUCAAGCACCCACUCACAUCCUCGUUGUCCCAAAAAAGCCAAUUGUUCAACUGUCACAAGCGGAGGAUAGUGAUGCUGCAUUGUUGGGCCACUUGAUGAUAGUUGCAAAGAAGUGUGCUCAAGAGGCAGGCCUGUCUAAAGGCUACAGGAUUGUCAUCAAUGAUGGGCCAGAAGGAGGCCAGUCGGUCUACCACAUCCACAUCCACGUCCUGGGUGGACGCAGGAUGGAGUGGCCCCCCGGCUAACUUCCCACUCCCAACACAGACCAUCCUGCCAUCGCUGUUCACAUGUUGUCUGACAACCAGUACUGUUAAAUGUUAACAGUUUGUGAAACAAGAGUCAAACAAAACCUGGAAAUUCAUCAAUGAUAAUAAAAUGCACUUCACAACAACAAA